CACCAUGCUGUUGUGGGCGCCGCGGGUCCUGCUGGCCUUGCUUCUGCCCGCGUUCCUGGCACAGGGACAAGCCAGGCUCAGGGAGCACCCCGGGGCCCAGAACGCCUCCAGGCCCGCUCUCCUGAGGCUGUCAGAUCACCUCCUGGCCAACUACCAGAAGGGCGUGCGGCCCGUGCGGGACUGGAGGAAGCCAACCACCGUGUCCAUCGAUGUCAUUGUCUAUGCCAUCCUCAGUGUGGAUGAGAAGAACCAGGUCCUGACCACCUACAUCUGGUACCGGCAGUACUGGACAGAUGAGUUUCUCCAGUGGAACCCUGAGGACUUUGACAACAUCACCAAGCUGUCCAUCCCCACCGAGAGCAUCUGGGUCCCGGACAUUCUCAUCAACGAGUUUGUGGACGUGGGGAAGUCUCCAAGCAUCCCGUACGUGUAUGUCGGGCACCACGGCGAGGUUGAGAACUACAAGCCCCUGCAGGUGGUGACCGCCUGUAGCCUGGACAUUUACAACUUCCCCUUCGACGUGCAGAACUGCUCGCUGACCUUCACCAGCUGGCUGCACACCAUCCAGGAUAUCAACAUCUCCCUGUGGCGCCUGCCAGAAAAGGUGAAGGUCGACAAGACUAUCUUCAUGAACCAGGGCGAGUGGGAGCUCCUGGCGGUGCUGACCCAGUUCCGCGAGUUCAGCAUGGAAAGCAGCGGCUGUUACGCAGAGAUGAAGUUCUUCGUGGUCAUCCGCCGGAGGCCCCUGUUCUACACGGUCAGCCUGCUGCUGCCCAGCAUCUUCCUCAUGUUCAUGGACAUUGUGGGCUUCUACCUGCCUCCGGACAGUGGCGAGAGGGUCUCCUUUAAGAUCACACUCCUCCUGGGCUACUCCGUCUUCCUGAUCAUCGUGUCGGACACGCUGCCGGCCACUGCCAUCGGCACUCCCCUCAUCGGUGUCUACUUCGUCGUGUGUAUGGCGCUGCUGGUGGUGAGCUUGGCUGAGACCAUCCUCAUCGUGCGGCUGGUGCACAAGCAGGACCUGCAGCAGCCCGUGCCUGCCUGGCUGCGCCACCUGGUCCUGGACCGGGUGGCCCUGCUCCUUUGCCUCGGGGAGCAGACAGCUUCCCGACGGCCCCCAGCCACCCCCCAGGCUGCCAAGGCCGACGACUGCUCAGACAUGGGGAACCACUGCAGCCAUUUGGAAGGACCCCGGGACUUGGAGAAGACCGCAAGGGGCCGAGGCAGCCCCCCGCCACCACCGCGGGAGGCCUCCCUGGCAGUGCGCGGGCUCUUGCAGGAGCUGUCCUCCAUCAGGCUCUUCCUGGAGAAGAGGGACGAGAGCCGAGAGGUGGCCCGGGAAUGGCUGCAUGUGGGCUCCGUGCUGGACAGGCUGCUCUUCCGCAUCUACCUGGUGGCAGUGCUGGCCUACAGCAUCACCCUGGUCACACUAUGGUCCAUCUGGCAGUAUUCUUGAGUGGGUACAGCCCAGCGGGGGUGUUGGGCGUGGGUGUGGUAGGGAGUAAGG